AUGAAAAAAAUAAUAAAUAGGAUAGUAAUAAUAAUUGAAUAUACUCCUGAUUUGUUUGAUUACAAUAGUGUAAAAAAAAAUAAAUCAAAUCAUGAAAUACUCGUUGAACUUUUAUGUACAUUUUUAGAAAAAAAAAUACUAUAUGACUCUACAUGUGAAAUUGCUCUUAUAUUAGCUGGAUACAAAUCAAAAGAAAAAAAAUCUGAUAAUGAAUCAAAUAUUUAUAUAUUGGAAAAAUUGAAGAGAGUCAAUUUUGGCUUAUAUAAAAAUUUAUUAAAUGAUAUAUUAUUGCAUAAAAAGUUCAAUGAAAAAAUUAGUUAUAACGAUGUUUUUCUUAAAGCGUUAGAGUUAUUAAAUAAAACAAAUAAUUCUAAAAAAGUGAAAUAUAAAGAUAAAUUAAAUAACUUCAUUAUAUUUUUAACUUGCCAAAAGAAAAAAAUUAUUCAUUUUAAUUUUUAUGAAUAUAUUAUGAAAAUUUUGAAAUAUUAUGUAUCAUUAGUAAUCAUUGGAUUAAAUUUUAAAAGAAACUUUUUUUUUGAUAAUUUGUUUGAUUUAAAUGAAUAUAUAAAAGACAAUGAAAACAAAAUAAAAAAAAAAAGUAUUAAAAAUCAAAUAAUGUGGAAUAAAGUAAUUCUUUUAUGUAAUGGAUCUAUUUAUACAUAUAUAGAGGCUUUUAAAAAAAUAAAAAAUGAUCAUUUAACUAAUGAAAAAUCAGAAAAAAAAUCAUUAGUUAAUUUUAUAAUUCCUAAUGCUAUAGAAAUAACUGUUGAAAUACAUUCAUACACAUCCACUCAGAACAUCCAUAAAAAUAAUGUAAAUGAGAAUUUAUUUAAUAAAUAUUAUGAAAAUAUAUCAAAAAGUCUUGUUGACUUUAAAGAAAAAAAAAAUAAUCACUCUUCUUGCAGUUCUACAAGUAAAUGUGAAAUAGAUCAUUUAAAGAUGUUUUCUAUUCAUAAUAACUUUCUUUAUUUCAAUGAAGAAAACAACUUUAAUACAUUAAAGAAAUAUUUAUCAUCUAAUUUUGAAGUAAAAAAUUUAUAUAGAAAAAAUAUUCAGGAAGAAGUAAUCAAUCAAGGAUAUAAUAAAUUAAAAAAAAAUAAAGAGAUAAAUAAUAAUGUGAUAAAAUAUUAUAAAUAUGGAAGCAAUUAUUAUUUACCUACUGAUGAAAUAGAUACAAAUUUAAUAGAUGAUAGUAACAAAUGUGAAUUAAAAUGUUUGUGUACUAUUAAGAAAGAUAAAAUUGAUUGGGGAAAUAUUGUAGGAACUACUUACUUUGUUGUUACUCAUAAAAAAGACAAAAUAGAUUUUAAAAUGAUGAAUUAUUUAAUUUACUCAUUGCAUGAAACAAAUUAUAUUCUAAUAUGUUCCUACAAAACAAAAGAUUCUAAGUAUUAUACUGUUGGAUUAAAACCUAUAUGUGGAAACUUAACUAUUUUAAAUUUGUUUUUUUUAGCUUAUAAAGAACAUAUAAAUUAUUUUAACUUUAAUAUGAAUUCAAGCAAUCAAGAAAAUUCUAAUGUAUUUGAUGAACUAAUUGAUUUAUUAGAUUUAAGUGAAGAAUUUUUACCAAAGAAAAGAGAAAAGAUUGAUAAUAAUAGAGGAGAUAAAAUUAAAAGUAUUGAAAAUUAUAAUACCAAAAAUUCACAGUAUUAUAAAAAUUACAUUAUGAAAAAAAACAAUCAAAUUAAUAAAAGCAGAAUUUUGAAAAAACAAAAAGAAAAAAUUGAUAUAAGAAUAAAUAUGGGAGAAGAAAAGGAAGUAUAUAAUGUUAUAAAUGAAAAUAAAGAAAAACAUAAUAAAAAGAAAAAAGAAAAAAUUGACUGUAAAUAUAUUUGUGAUGGUGAUGAUUACGAAAAUUAUAGUGAUACUGAUGAAGACGAUUGUGAUUAUAAUAAUAAUUUUGUCAGUAAAAUCAAAAAAAGAAGUGACUUCCAUAAUUUAUAUUCAGUAAAAAGUACAAAAGAAAGGUUAUUAACAAGAAAUAUUCAUGAUGUAUAUUUAAAAAGCUUUUAUGAAAUAUUAGAAGGUAAAUGCAGAUUACAUUUUACUUCAGGAUAUGAAAAUUCAAAAAAUAAAAUUAUUAAUGAAAGAUAUUUCCCAUUUCUUUAUAAAAAUGAAAUCUAUCAAUUUAUUGAUAAUAAAAAAAUUAUGAAAAUUCAUGAUAUAGUUAAUAAAUUAAAAAUGAAAUUUGCAAUUAAAUUAGAAAAUACUUAUAUGUUAAAAGAUAUUUCAGAAAGUAAUAAAAUUACUAAAUUAAAAACUAGUAAUUUUAAUAAUAAUGAUAAUUUAUUAAAAAAUUAUAAUUUAAAUGUUCAUUAUAAAAUUACGAAAAAUAGUAAUAGUCUUUUGUUAGAUAACGUAUCAAACAAUUCAUCUUCAAAUUCCUAUAAAGAGGAUAUUUGCUUUUUAUAUAAUGAAAAUUUUAAAAAAGAUACUAAUUAUUCAUAUUCUACUAAAAAAUAUUUUUUAAAAAAGGAACUAGAAUUUAGCUCAGAUAAUGAUGAUGAAAAUUCAGAAUAUACAUUUAAUUUAUAUGAUGUUGAUAAAAUAAAAAUAAUGAGAUUGCAUAAUCUAGAAAUAUAUGAUAAAGAAGAAUUGCUAGAUGCUUUUAAUAGAAAAAAUAAUUUCAGAAAAAUUUAUUGUACAAAUGAAACAAUGAGUCCAACAAAAAAAAAAAAACUUAAAACAUGA